AGUGAGAAAAUCCAUCUUCUUUCCACCACUUUUUUCUCUGCAGAAAAAUUAAGACAGACUAACCCCGUCAUUCAGAAGCACGAAAUUGGAGUUUGCUCGAUCUCUCUUGUCAAAUUUCCUAUUCUCUAUCGUCAAUUACUUAAAUACAAGAGGGCUUGUGCGGCUGCUUGAGGUUUCUGCUGCAUUGUGUGUUUUCGAAUCAAGGUUUGACAGGAAGAAGACUGAAUGAUCUAAUGGAGUCUAAAGGUGGGAAGAAGAAGUCUAGUGGUAGUAAAUCAUUAUUCUACGAAGCUCCCCUUGGAUACAGCAUUGAGGACGUACGACCUGCUGGAGGAAUCAAGAAAUUCAGAUCUGCUGCUUACUCCAACUGCGCUCGGAAGCCAUCUUGAGAUUUUCCUAGUUGUUUGAUAAUCACCAGAAUUGUAGUAAUUGAAACUUUUAUAUUUUGCUUGCUUUUUGGUUAGUCUCUUCAUUCAUCCUUCCGAUCCUCUCUUUCAAUCAGCACUUGUCUUUCUUAAGCUAAGAUGGCCUUGCCAGUCUCUGCCAUUGGAUUUGAAGGUUUUGAAAAAAGGCUUGAAAUAUCAUUUUUUGAACCUGGUAUCUUUGCUGACCCUGGUGGUCGUGGGCUUCGAGCUUUAUCAAAUUACCAGUUGGAUGAAAUUCUAAAACCAGCUCAUUGCACCAUUGUGUCCUCAUUAUCGAAUGGUGAAGUCGAUUCCUAUGUACUCUCAGAAUCUAGUCUUUUCAUCUUCCCUUACAAAAUCAUACUCAAAACUUGUGGGACUACAAAGUUGCUUCUUUCAAUUCCAUUGAUCCUGAAGUUUGCUGGUGACCUCAAACUCACAGUGAAAUCAGUGAGGUAUUCCCGUGGGAGUUUUAUAUUUCCUGGUGCUCAGCCUUAUCCACACCGCAAUUUUUCUGAGGAAGUAGCUGUCCUAAACAGCUAUUUUGGCAAACUUGGAGCAGGCAGUAGAGCUUAUCUGAUGGGUGGUGCUGACAAGCAGCAGAAAUGGCAUGUCUACUCUGCUUCAGCUGAACACAUGGAAAAUGUGGACCCGGUUUAUACCUUAGAAAUGUGCAUGACUGGGUUGGACAAGAAUAGGGCUGCAGUGUUUUAUAAAACACAGUCAAGGUCUGCUGCUGUCAUGACUGAAACCUCUGGCAUAAGAAAGAUUCUUCCCCAAUCAGAGAUCUGUGAUUUUGACUUUGAUCCCUGUGGGUAUUCCAUGAAUUCAAUCGAAGGAGAUGCAAUCUCGACUAUUUAUGUUACACCCGAGGAUGGCUUCAAUUAUGCUAGUUUUGAAGCCGUUGGAUAUGACUUGAAAGUUCUAGACUUGACCAAGCUUCUUGAAAGGGUGUUGGCCUGUUUCCAACCCACGGAGUUUUGUUUUGCUCUUCACAGUGGUAGUUCUGGAGAGGAGCUUGAUUUUGAUUUCAACUUGAACUUGAAAGGAUACACGUGUGAGGAAAGGAGCUGUGAAAUGCUCGGGAAGGGAGGAUCAAUUAUCUACCAGAGUUUCACUGGCGCUGGUUGCUGUGGGUCUCCCAGGUCAAUUCUGAAAUGCUGCUGGAGCGAGAGUGAGGACGAGUACGUCGAGAAGGAAGAGUGACAAUUGAGAGAGUCUUCCAUUUUUAAUUGUGUGUUGAAGUAUUUUCAUUUCAACGGGGUCCCUUUUGUGCUUGUUGUCGGGGAUUACAAUAAGGUCUCUUCUUCUUGUUCUUGUAGUCAAGUCAAUGAAUAAAGCUGUCUUUCACUUUGGUAUUUAUUCUUGCGACUGCUUCAGUCGGGUCGCAGGUUCUUUAUGGGUUUUUAGUCCUCAUGUUGCAUGUUUGGGUCUGAAUUGAAUUGACUCUUAUAUCUAGUUCGUUGCGAAUAAAAAUUAGGCCUUGUUUGGAUUGCU